CAUGUCACGUGGAUUCCCUGGGUCUACUACCAUUCAGUAUUUUCACUUAGUGGUUUGGGUUACAGAGUAGAGCUAGUGCUGCUGACAUCUGUAGAUAUUACCGUCUUGAGAGGGGUUGUAAGCACUUUGUAGGGCAGCAUUAGCAUGUAAAAUCUUGAUACUUGGAGAAUUGGUCUGUGAGCAGCAAGAUGAAAUUCAGUAGAGGCAAGUGCGGAGUAUUUUGCUUAAAAAGAGGGAAAAAAAAUCAAAUACACAGAUACAAAAUGGUACUGCAAAGGAGGACUUGGAGAUUAUAACAGAUCGUAAAUUGAAGGAGAGUCAGCAAUUUGAUGCUGUACCUAAACAGAUUGAAGCCAUUCAACAGAUUACAAAUAAUACUACAGCACUUGAGUAUGUCCAAACACACAGAUUCUACAGCUGAGGUGUUAUUGGAAAAGAGAGGAUGUGCUGGAGUAAUAACUUUGAAUAGACCAAAGGCUCUAAAUGCAUUCAAUCUUUCUAUGAUUCGACAGAUUUUUCUACAGUUGAAGACAUGGGAGAAAGACCCUGAAACCUUUCUAAUAAUUAUAAAGGGAACUGGAGGAAAGGCUUUCUGUGCAGGAGGUGAUAUCAGAGCUAUCACAGAUGCAGGAAAAGUUGGAGAUAGGCUAACGCAAGAUUUCUUCAGAGAAGAAUACAUCCUGAACAAUGCUAUUGGUACCUGCCAGAAGCCGUACGUGGCACUUAUUGAUGGGAUUACAAUGGGAGGUGGUGUUGGUCUGUCAGUCCAUGGACACUUUCGAGUGGCUACUGAGAAGACACUUUUUGCAAUGCCAGAGACAGCAAUAGGCCUUUUCCCUGAUGUAGGUGGAGGCUACUUCUUGCCAAGACUUUCAGGAAAAAUUGGCUAUUGCCUUGCUCUUACAGGAUUUAGACUGAAAGGGAGAGAUUCGCAAAAAGCAGGAAUUGCUACACACUUUGUAGAAUCAGAAAAGCUGCCUGCACUAGAGGAAGAUUUGAUAGCACUAAAAUCUCCUUCUAAAGAAAAUGUUGCUGAUGUACUGAACUCAUAUCACAUGAAGUGCAAAAUUGAUCAAGAGAAGCAGUUUGUACUUGAUGAACAUAUGGACAAGAUUAACAGUUUGUUUUCAGCAAACAGCAUGGAGGAAAUCAUUCAAAAUUUGAAGCAGGAUGGUUCUCCUUUUGCUCUUAAGCAGCUAGAGACAAUUAAUAAAAUGUCACCUACGUCCUUAAAAAUGACUUUGAGACAGCUUCGAGAAGGAGCUUCCAUGAACUUGCAAGAUGUACUAAUUAUGGAAUACCGACUGAGCCAGGCAUGCAUGAGUGGCCAUGACUUCUAUGAAGGUGUUCGAGCAGUGCUGAUUGACAAAGACCAAGUCCCAAAAUGGAAGCCAGCUACCUUAGAAGAAGUAACAGAUGAAUUUGUGGACAACUGCUUUAAGUCAUUGGGAAACAGCGAUCUCAAAUUAUAACGAGGGUGUACAAGCCUAUCAAGGGUGUAUUCAGAUGUAUAAUUUUAGGAUGCAAAAAUUAAUAACGAUGCAGAGACUUUGAUGAUGGAGGUAUGGUAACACUCUUGGGUCUAAUCUUCUUGAGAUGCAGAGUCUGUAGUUUUUACUGUUUCUGUAGUACCAUAAGGAGAAAACUGAAUCAAGGGAAUAAAUUACUUCAAGUAAAAGCUUUUUACUAAUUGCUAUUAUGUAAUAAAGAACAUUUGAUUUUUGGCGAUAUCUGUUAGUCUAGUGGGGCGAUGCUGAGGAGGCAGCCUGGGUCAGUGAAUAGUGUAUGGGACUGGGAGGCAGGAGAUCUGGGUAGUCUGGGGUCUACCACUGAUCCACUAAAUUGGUUCUGUGCCUCACUUUCUCCUUUAUAAAGUGCAGAUAAAAAUGUUUAACUUCGUAAAGCACUCAGAGCUACAGAUGAAAAUGCCAUGUAUGUGAGUGUGCUUGGUAGCGGGUAGUAUUUUCAGUAAUACCAAAGUAAACAGAAGUUGCUAUGCUACUGAGUUAGUAGCAGGUCAGUAUUAUGACCUAGUAUUUGAUACAGCUUCAUUGUCUGGAAUGGAAAUCCAGUUUUACAGAUGAAAUUGUCAGCCAACCUACUAUAUGAAUAUUUUACAGGGCUGACCAGUUUUAAUGGUAUUUUUAAUACAAUUGCCAUUUACCACACUUUAGGUUAUUUUUACCAUAAUCUCUAUAAAGAUACCCUGCAUAACAAGACAUUUACCUUGACUUAAUAAAUCACUAGUGAACUUUCCCUGGUUUUGUGAUGACAGUUGAAUUCAGUGGUGGAAUAAUUACCUCAAAGUGUGGUGAGCGUUGAGGGCCAAAGUCACUGUGUCAGCAGUUGCAGCUCUGUUUACUUCAGUCGUGCAUGGAUGAACUUGACAAUGCAUGAUUGCAAUUUAGCUGUACUGACCAAUAAGUGAUAAUUCUGUCUCUACGUCACAGGUGAAUAAGGGCCACAUGCAGCCUAACAAGGAAGAUCUACUGCAUGGGGACAAGGGCAGGAUUUGUGGAGGCUAUGGAAGGGGUGCACACCCCUAAAUGGUGUAUGCUUAGAUUAUAUGAGCAGAGGGAUUAGAGAAUACAUUGCUACAAGGAUCCACAAGUCCAGUGGUUUUCAACCUUUUGUUUGCUGACACCUAAAGUUUCAAAUGGAGGUGUGGACCCCUUAGGCAUAGUCUACAGACCCCUAGGGGUCAUGGACCCCGGGUUGAAAACUAUUGACCUAGUCCAUUCCCUCAACUAGUGGAUGUGAGGAGUGUAUAGGUAGGCUUAGAAGGCUACUCCAGUCCUUAGACUGAAGUAUCAGCUGCAGAGUGGCUCUGCUCCUGUUCCACAUACAGGUUCUAUUGGGUUCUCCCUGCUUAGCCCAGUUCCUGGGGCUGGAUGCAAAGGAAAUGAUACAAUGUAAACUAAGUGGUAGGAAAACCAAGUCUGCUGCCAGGCCCAGUGCACUUGUUGUCAACAAGAGUAGCUGGAAAAAAGCUGAAGGUAAAAAUUGGAAAGACUCUAACCAAAACAUUAUAUAAAAUGACUGAAAACUGCUGUCUGGCUGCAACAUUCAUGCUCCAGAGCUAGUGUGUAAUUUUCACUUUCUUAAUAAAAAGUGAAACUGGAGUUUAUUAAGUUUCCCAGAUUUAAGAGCUUGAUUAGAAAGCCCCUGUCAGUGCUGCUAAAAGCUGCAGCUAGCUCAACUAUUUCAACUUGAUAAUAGAAAAUGGGAACACAGGAGAAGGAAGGGGGAAAAAGGACCAGGAAACUUUUUUUAAAUCAUACAAUAAAAUGCCCUCCUCAGAUGUGCAUUAAAGCUGCUGUUCCAUCUCAGGCUUCUGCUGAUGUUAAGAAUGCUCUGAAGUUCCACAAUGUAACCAGAGCCAAUGGAUGUAAUUAUAUCCUUAUUAUGUACAAUUAGCAUUUCCACAAUUCUGUAUGUCAUACAUGGCCACUGAUCUAUGUUCUCUUUGUUCAAAAUGGAGACUGUGCUUUUUAUAGUUACUUUGACAGGUUAAACUUCAGCAACUCUUUUUCUAAUUAUUUCUAUGGCAGUAGAAAAGGUCAUCACAAACGUAAGUUUUUGACUUCUCUGAAGACUUUAGUCAAGAGGAGGAAAAUGAGCUGAAAGGGAAGAGCUUUUAUUCAAACAAAUGUGUUCAAUAAUUGGCACUGCCAAAAUAAAAUAGAAUGACAAAGCAGAAAGAGACCACAGAAUUGUUUACAAGGUGCUCAAAGGCGUGCAGCAAUUAGCCCUACACGCUACGUAAUUUAGGCAGCUAGUUGACCUGUAAUCUCUUGGUGCAAAUAAUUAAGGGACAGAGACAGAAAAGCACUGGUGUCUUGACUAUUCACUAAUAGCUCCUCUACUCAGUGGCCUCGCCUUUAAAGUGCAGUGGUAAAAUUUCAGUCCAGCUGCCAGUUAGAGUAAUGAGAUACAUUUUGUUAUUAAUGGUAAAAUUUUCAAAAAAAGAACCAAAACUUUAAAUGAUUAUACACUUGGAAGUAACGAGGUAAGUUCUCAUUUAUUCAGCAACAUUGUUUGUUACAUUUUGCACAAGAAUAAUGAAAUAGUCAUCUUAUGUGUUUAAUAAACGAGGCCAAGAUUUUGAGCUCCUUGAGGCAGGAAUCAUGCCUUCUCUGCUUGCAAAGUACAGAGCACACUGCUGGCAUUGCAAGAUUUUAUAUGUAAAAAUUAAUAUACUCAUAAUGGGAUGCAAUGUGUAUUUUAAUCAAAUAAAAACCUUACAAGCAAUUAAUUACAACUUAAUUUUAUUCAGUUAAGAAAAUGUUUUCACAAAAAUAUUGUAAAAAUAUAUGGUCAUACUAGAGUUUGGCUCCAGCUCUGUCAUGCUGCUGAAAUGUCAGUUUUACAAAGUUGUGCUGAAGUUAUUGAACCAAAAGUAGGGCAUCAUAGCAAGGCAGAUAACAUGCAUUAGCAGAUACAAUUAUCACUGUUUUGUGGGCAGUCACAGGGACAUUGUAGAACGUAUAACUAAUGAAAAAGAAUCCUUAAAAUGUUUUUCCAAAACAUGUGCCUGUCACGCGAGUCCUUCAAUAUACAAUCUCAAAGGCAAAAACUAGUUGCAACUUUUGUUGUAGAGCCUCUGUUGCAUCUCGAUCAUCAAAAUUAUACUACCAUUAAAACCAAACUACUAGA